AUGGCUGCUGCCGUCGUGAGGAGAGCUCCUUAUAAGGACUUUUUGCAGCCUGCUCUGCACAGGCGAUUUUCCACAACCUCUACUCUUCUUUUGGCCCUGGUCUACAUCCAAGCUAUCCUCUUGAGCCAGUGGAAUUCUUUUCUGUGGUCUUGGUUCCCCAUCGGCCCCGUGGGCAUACGAGCACUCUUUCUCUUCGCCUCCGCACUCACUAUCAUUAUCCUUCGUAUAUCGCAAUACCAUGUUGGCGCGCGCGCCUCUACAUCCGCCAUUGGUGGCGCUCUUCCCAAUUUGAUCACGAUCCAGGCUCUCGAAGCAUGGGUCGCCUAUACCAUUUCGAGCGCUCUCUUCGGCCUCGUCUUUCUCUGGUCGGCAUCGGCGGACUCGAAACUGAACUGGAUCUCGACUAUGAGCGGCGACCGGGGACGACUUAAUGAGCGGCCCGUCUUCCUCUCCUUCUACCUCCUCGUGGCCGCCACCUUCCAGGCGAUCAUGCAUAUCAUCUGCGACACUGAUCGUAUCACAAUCGACGUCAACAAAGCGAGGAAGAGCCCUGUCAUCAACGGCGGCGCCACUUCAACCACACCACUGACCGUUCUCCUGGCCAAGCUACCCGGUGUCGUUGCCAACGCCGUCAUGCGCGCCAUCGGCGUAUACGGCCUCGCCGUAACCCUGUACAGCACCAUCUUCCGUGGAGCUGCGUGGAGCUGGGCCAUGGCGUUCUUCCGCCCCUUCAACAACCUUCCCAAGUCCAACAUGCUACCCGUCGACUGGCCCUGGUUCAAAGGCACAACACUCAUGCAGUGCCUGUGGGCUGGCGUCCUCCUGUCUUGCACAUGGGAAAUCGGAAACUAUGCGUUUUCAAGGUUCAUGGUUAAGGCGCCCCUGAAGAAUGGCAACCCCUUAACAAACGAGUCGAAGGACCCCAACGGUAGCCUGCUGAAUGGUCUUAAGAGCAAGAAGAUGCCCAUCAGGUGCUUUGCUCUAUGGGAGCUUGCGCAUAUCGCGCGCGACUUUGAGCUUCGACGCAAGGCGAUCUUCGAAGACAUUGACCGUAAAGACGGCCCCAUGUGGUCCCAGGUCUUUGUCAUCUGUCUCGACAUUGUCAAGGGACUGGAGCAGAGGGUAGACAACUAUGGGAAGCCUCCCCCUGCCCCGGUUGCCCAGCCGGAACCUGUGGUAGAGCAAAAGCCUAGGAGUCUUGCGCCGCCGAAGGAUGAUCCUAUCUUCCAGGCGAGGCCAGGGUCCAGAUCUAUGCGGGGUGAGAUCGAAAAGACGCUGACCCAGGCCACACAGGCGCCGGGCCACUCGCCGGUUUCUCAGCUUAGCCCCAUUGCCAAGAAGACAUUCCGCAACGCGCGGGACAGGGUGCUCACAAAGGAGCAACAAGAGGCACUGACUUCCCCGCAAGUCGUGAGCCAGUUCCAGGCUCUGGCGACUCCAGUCCUCCGCGCCGAUUACAUUGGCUGGUGGUUCCGACAGGAUUUCCGAAGGUUGUUGACAGCUGCCGUGUUGGGUUCUCCAUACUCCGAACUGAGCCAUCACCUCAACGCCAUUGAGAUCCUGAGCGCAAUGGCUGUGCACAGUUUGACAGAGGACAAAUUUGGCAACGUACACAAGGACAUUGGCCCUAUAGUGCGCACGUUCACUGCGGUCAUCAAGAGACUUGAGGCCUUCAAGGCCAGCUUCCCAGUUCAUUGGACUGAUGUGGAAGGGAGUAAGAGCACUCCAGAGGUGGAUGAGGUUAUCAAGGCCCUCAAGGCCGGCCUGUCGCAGGUUGUCCAAGAAUUUGAGCCGUACAUCCGCGACCUGCGGUUGACGAGGACGGAUAUAAGGCUUGCCAAAGAAGCGAUGGAGCCUACAGAGGGAGUACUGGCUAAAAGGGACGAGGAACCGGCGAUGCGGGAAGUCCCCAAAUAA